GAGGUGAUUGAUAUGUUAGUUUAUAUCAAAAUUCAUUUCAUUCGGAAGAAAAAGUUGUACCUAGGUACCUAAUGUAAAAAUCAUCACAUACCUACCUAUUCAUCAAUAAUUGUUAGUACUUAGCUACUUACCUACCUAUUGUAGAUUUAGACCAUAUUACAAACUAGGCAGCAUGAGUAACCUAAGAAGUAUGGUCCUUCAUACCUUUAAAAAGUUACAUCGCACACGAAUGAAAGUUUUCUCGGGAGAUGAGAAGGCUUUGACUGCUGCUAGAGUAAAAAUUAAUGAAGAAUUUAAUAAGAAUAAACAUGUUACAGAAGAGGAUGCUAUUAAAGCGAUGAUAAAACUUGGUGAAGAUGUUGAGAGAGAGUUGAGAACUCAAGUUAUUCAAGCUAGAGAGAUAAAACCUGGUGUAUUUGAGGCAAGAAUAAAUGAAGAUACUACAAAGUUGGACAAUAUACCAUUUGAUGAAAAUGCAGUCAUUGAGAUAGCACCUAAAAGGAGAAGACCUUGCUGUCAAAGUGAAACACAAAAUAAAUGAUUUUAAUUGGGAUAAUAAACAGGACAGGAUUUCUUUGAUUAUAUUUUGUAGAUUAUACAGCUUAGUUUUAGAUGUAAUAGCUAAUAAGUAAAAUAUUUGUGAACAGUAUAAGAAACUAGUCAAGAUUUGAUGUUUGUUGUUUCCUUUGUGUAGAAAUUUUAUUAAAGUUUUAAAAUAUU